AUGGAAAAUUUUUUCAAAUCUGGCAUUGAUAAAGAUACAGUAAUUCACUGUUUAAAGUACUUGUCGGAAAGCAAAGAUUUGCGUGCUGAGUGGAGGAAGAAUGUUGGUGAUUUGACAAGUAACCAGGAAGAAGCAGGAAGUGUAAUUCUUUUACAAACAAUAACGUAUCUCAAUGUUUGCAAAUUUAAGUCCAAACAACAAAUCAUUCGGGAGCAGCUAAGUCUUAAACCCCAGAAACAGAGUAAGAGUUUGCGACAAACACUAUCUGCUGGCACUAAACUAAAAAAAACCUACACCUCUAUAUUGAUCCAGACUGGAAUGUAA